AUGCCCGGUCUGCGUUUCUUUUGGUGGGGUGAUUUCGAAGGAUACCAAUACCAACUCGACGUGCAUCUCCGAAGAGAAGAGAGCGAGCCUGCUAUUGGCACCGUGCAAGGAUUCUACCAAAAUCUCACUGCCAUCGUUUCGAAUCCAGUCUUUAAGUAUGGUGAUUUCGAAUACCUCAAUGUCACUGGAUCCAGUGACUCCAGUCAACUCAUUGCCUACAAGUGGUCGUACCAGGGCGAAAAGAGAUUGUGUGUCUUUAACUUUAGUGGUCAAUCAGGGUCUGGCUCCAUCAUUCUCAGUGAUGCUCAACCAGUCAAUGGCAAUGAUACCAUCCCUGUUACUGACCUCCUAUCAGAUACCACCUAUUAUCGUAGUGCCUCCGAGAUGAGAUCACAAGGUUUAUUCGUUGUAGUUAAUACUUGGUAUGGUCAAAUUUUCACUUAUUAA